AUCCUACUAAUAGUCCGUGGUUCGCACCAGUAUUGGUAGUAAAGUUAUUUGGUUCUCUUGAUUACAUAGCUUGAAGUUUAUUCUUCAUUCUUAAUCCUUCUGCUGUAGUUUACUCGGAAAAUGUCUGACUCCGCCCCCGCCGUUACCGCUACUGAAUUUGUUCCAAAGAUCCCCGGAAAGGAAGAUCUUGGUCCAAAGGAUGUUGAAUUGUGUUUGUUCGGCCCAAACCCUGACUUGCCAAGGUUCAUUUACUAUGGUGUUAGGUUUGGUACUGCAUACGAAGCCGAACUCACUCCUGGUGUUGGAGACAGAAUGCUUAAGGUUAGCAACAAGUCCUUCGUGUUCUGGGAGCCAAAAGAGGAGGGUGAAACUGCCACAAGCUUCUUUGUCUUUUUCAGUUAUCAGCCCUUCCAAAUAGUCAAGUUGACUUAUGCUAAGGCUGACGGUUCCCUUCACUAUCUCUUCUUCAAGGGUGAUAUCAGUGAUUUGAACUUCCCGGGCACUUGGGAAGUCAUUACUGAGGAAGAGUACAACACUCUCUAUCUUGAGGCCAAGAGACCCGCAUCCUUUGAGAAGGACGUUGUUUUGGACCUUGCCAAGUGCGAGAAGCAUCCAGAGACCACCCAAGAGGGUGUAUAUCUUGACAGAAACUUCAAUGGUUACAUUCAUUUGUUGAACUACACCGCACUAUAUGGAAACAAGAUCACUAAGCUUAUGGAUGGUGAGCAUGAGGUCUGGGUUGCUAAGCCAGGUGAACUCUGCUUCACUAUCUUUUCCCCUUUGAUCAACGGGAGGGCUGACAAGAUCCGUCUUAUCAACUUGGCUGAUGGCAAGUUCCAUCACAAGUUCUACGUCAGGGUUGAAGGAAAGUUGACUGAGGUCAAUGCAGCUGCUUACUACUAUGAUUUCAACAACUAUCCUUUCCUCGGAGAUAUUGAGUUGAACCUGAAUGCUGAAAAGUUUGAAAAGUUGUGCGUCAUCAAGGGUGAAACAUUCGGAGUUUGCUACGAUUUGUAUAUGUUGUCUCGUCUUCGUAUGAUGCAAAGACUCUUGGAGGGUGAUGAAGUCAUCUGGGUGAGACAGGAAGGUCACAGGUGGUAAAUGGACCACUGUACCUGAAGCUGAAUUCCCAGAUAACUGCAGAUUUGUAUUGGUUUAAGGAUUUAUCUGGUGUUAGUCUUGGUCUGACUGCUUCCCAUUUAUGUCUUUUGCUUUCGGUAGGAUUAUUAUUUUAUUAUCAAGUGCAGUCUCAUAACUUUUAUCAUGCCGACUAUUCUAUAGCUGGAUGAAUCUAAAAUGCGGAUUUAGGAUGUAAAUAUUGGUCCACUCGUGAGUGGUUACAAAAACAAUUGGAAGGUGGUAUUGGACUGGUGUGUGCUACUACAUUUCUGUACUCUGAGUUGCCGUAGCAUACUUUCGGCGUUAUGAAGGCAUUUGGUUGCCUUAUAACUAUUGGUAAGGUCGUUUUGCGGAUUUAAGGCUCUAUAGAUGUUAUUUGCAUCGCUUUUUAUCUGUUAUAAUACACAACGGUCUCCUGCAGUUUAUUGCUAGGGUAAUCUAUGUAACAAUAGCCACUCCUGAAACUUUUGUAGGA